GUGUUUAUACCAGCCCAUUUUUUCCGUCCGGGGCGACUGUUUUGUGCCUGGACAUCAUGGUGUGGGAGGUGGUGACUCCAGCUGCGCUGUCAGGUCACCCCAAAUAUCACCAAGUGCCAGAGCCCGAGCCUCAGGCUGAGCACACAGAAAUGAUGAUGGAUGCAGAUGGAGACCAAUCACACGAUCCUCUGCGCUGUGACGAACACUUCCCCUCCUCACCCGACUUCCCCACUAGUGACAGUUACAUGGAAUACGAUGACCUGCCAGAUCUACAAGAGGUUCGAGAGGAGCCCGAGUCACCAGCAGCACCUGUUUACCAUGUGGAGUUGGGCGUGUCGCACCAGGAACGAAACACACAAGCACACAGCCCAGAGCCUCCGGACACACACUGGCUGACACAGCUGGCACAUAUUGCCACUGGACCUCAGAGUCCACUGUUACAGGAGCCUCCUGACAGCAGUUCCUCCUCAGUCUGCAUCCCGAGCAGCAGCAGCAGUGAUCUACAUUCCUACGCUCGGCCUCCUCCUCCUUUCCCCAGCAGCACCUUGUCAUCCCCCAGAGGUCAUGGCAGGGACUGUCAGCGCUGCAGGACGAGCAGUGAAUGUGGCUCUGCCGUAUCCACCAGAUCUUCUCUGUCUGAUGAUGAAGACAUGGGCUGGAGCUUUUCCUGCCCACCCACCACCUGGCACUGCUUUCUCAAAGGAACUCAUCUGCAUUUCCACAACAGCUCAAAUAUAGAGUGGCGGGACAUUGAGGACUUGGAGUGUGCUGAAGAAGACUCUGCAGAUGAGGAGCGGUCUAGAUUUCUGCAGAGCUAUGGCUCUGAGGGGCUGCAGCUGAUGGAGCAUGCAGAGAUUGUGUUGUCUGGUCAGGCUGUCCUACAGCUGACUUUUGACCCUGGCACAUUUGGAUAUAUUCCACUGACUGCCCGCUGCCAACUCGAUCACCCCUUCUAUGUCAAAAACAAAGGCUGGUCAUCCUUUUACCCGAGCCUGACUGUGGUGCAGUAUGGGAUACCAUGUUAUGAAAUGGAAGUGGGCGAUGUGUGCCUGCCUCCGGGACACAGAGACGCCAAGCACACAGAGGAUUCACUGGUGUUUGACACAUUCAAAAGUUAUGAUUUCACGCCUCUGGACUCCUCUGCGGUUUAUGUGUUGAGCAGUAUGGCAAGAAGACGACGUGCAUCCCAGUCCAGUGGGGGAGCCGUUUCUCCAGACAGAGAUCUGCUACGAGAGGAGCACAGUCCCAGCCGUUCCCACCACACUCUGCAAAAGCCCCCCAAAAACCAGCUUGUCAGUACACAGGGAGCGAGCAGUGCCACGCCCACUAAGUGUAAGCGGCCAAUGAACGCGUUCAUGCUGUUUGCCAAGAAGUUCCGUGUAGAGUACACACAGAUGUACCCAGGCAAAGACAACAGAGCGAUCAGCGUCCUUCUCGGUGAGCGGUGGAAGAAAAUGCGAAGCGAGGAGCGUCGCGUGUUCACCCUGCAGGCCAAAGCACUCGCAGACGAGCAGAAGAGACUCAACCCAGACUGCUGGAAACGGAAACGAACCAACUCUGGCUGUCAAGGAAAUUAAGGCGACAGCAAGGAAAAGAGGACAACUGACAGAGCCCGUUGGAGUGUGCGCGCACACACACACACACACACACACACACGUUCAGAAGUGACAAGGAGAAACAGAGCUAUGCAUAACUGAAUACUAUGCUUCAAUUCUAUAUUUUGUUUUGUCUUGAUCUCCCAAAUUCUCAAAUCCUGUUAUAGUAUAAAAAAAACGAGCAGCUACCCCGGUGAACACCUCGGGCUGCUCUCAGCAAACGUCACUUUCCUUUUUCUUGCUUUUCAGAGGUGCUACUUGUAAAAUUUUGAAGUGCUAUAAAUCGUGAUUUCUUAAUAGGAAUUCUAACAGAGGUGUCAAACAUUGCCUUUUUUUUUAGUGCUGGGAACACCGUAGUGUCUCCUGCUGGGGACCGGAUAUUUUUCCAAAGAGGUGAACGGGUUUUAACUCCCAACAACCAGAGUUCAUCUCCACACGUGAUUCUUACAGCAAUGUCAUAAUAUCCAAAAAAAAAAAAAAAGAGAGAUUCUGAUUACCUUCAGUUUCUCACAAUAUGCUUGAAACAGGUGGAAGUUAUGGUGUUUUUUUUAGCCAAAGUAGAGAAUGUAGCUAUUUUUUCCAAAAUUCUAUAUUAUACAAUAAGAGUUAUACAAUUUAUUUUAUUGCCUGUGUUACUUGUAUUUGGACUUAGUGUUAUUGCACAAGACUAUAUAUAUUUUAACUUCGCUUUCAUUUAAUUUAUCAUGUAACAUGUAGUUAUUAAGCACCACAAACUCUUAAACAGGGGCCUGGGUUUGAUUCACCUCAUAUUAGGCGUGGCCUUUAUUAGCGGUAAUAAUUUGUUUUAUUUUAGCAAGUGUCCCAUUGUGCUUCAGUUUUUUAAAAAGCAGUUAUAGUGGUCACCAGUGGAGGUGAAGAAAACCAGUGAUUGGCAUUUGGUGGUGCAGUAAAUAUAUUGCACUGCCAUCAGCUACACAACAUGAUGCACGACAAGUAUAUUGCUUUGUGUGUAGAUGAGGCUUAAAACUCCACAGGGAAUCUUUAAAGAGCUCCUAGAAUCACUCGCUUCCCCAAAGCUUUUAUUUAGAAAUGAGAAAAAUACAUUUGUGGAAGUAGAACUGCAUUUGAAUUUUACUUUGAAUUGAUUGAUGAUAACUAUGACAUAGUCCCACUGCUUAAAGUUGAAUGAUUAUUGGUAGCUUGACUUUAUGUAAAACUGGCCACUGUCAGGCAGGUAGUGUGCACACUGAGGGAAAACUGUGUUCAUUGUGUAACAGUUACUGUGAACAUUUGGUGAAGCUGAAUGCCAAGAAACUGGGCUUCACACGUGCUCAAUAUGAUCAGAAACCACAGCAAAAAUCAUAAAGUUUUGUGGUGUAUUUUAGUCAGAAUGUGGGCUGUUUUUUUUUUUCUUAAAAUAAGCAACUUUGUGAAUGUGUUUACAUGCACACUGAAAAUAUUAAAGACAGAACGAAAAAUUGGAGUCUCUUUCAGAUGAAAACAAAGAUGGGCUUAUAACAGAGUUAUAAACUGCUGCAGCCCUGAGGCUUCGGUGGUAUUAGGGAAUGCUAGGAGUCUCAUAUACAUAUAUACAUAUACAUAUAUCUUAAAUAUUCAAAAAUGUGGCUUUCCAUCCACCUGUUUUUAUGUCAAUUUCCAACUUCAUAUUCUUAUAAAGUUAAGAUAGCCACUCUAUAUGAUCAAAGCAGUUCUUAUUAUCUUAUUUAUCUUCCAUUACAGCCCCUCAUCUCAUCAUCUCCAAAGGAGCUGUUCUAACCUUCUCUUUAAGGCAGCUUUCCUCUGAUUGCUGCUCCUCUUAAGCCAAAGGUUACAAAGGUUUAAAGAGGCAGGUGGGCAGGGCUUCUGUGCUGUUCCUGACAUGACCAUAAAAGGAUAUCCCCUCUCUUUGACAUCAUACCAUCAAACUGAAAGUGAAACAUGUCAGUUUAUAAAAUAUUCCUGCCUGAAAAGCACAACUCAGGGCUGCAAACACCAGCUCUUAAUUAAAAAAAAAAAGAGCCUUAGUAAUGUGAGAUUGUGUGCAUGUAAACACACCCGCUGCCAAAAAAUAUUUGGACUUCAACAGGUGUGUGGGGAACCCAGCUGUGUGAGGCUUUAGCAUGUCACGCAGUUUUAUGAGAGUAAGUAGAUUUAUUAUCCACGCAGAGUGCAGGAAGGGUGGGCACUCUUACACUCACUGCAUAACGAGGUUUAUUCUUAAUGCACUAUAUACACUUUAUCUACUUUUUGUGACUGCUACAGUAUAAAUGUGUAAUGAUAAACAUUAAUAUGAUUAUAUAGAAAUCUAUAUUUUUGGUUUUGACUUAAUCUUUGGUAACUUUUCAUGGUUGUGCUUUGGAUUGUUUGACUUUUUGUCUUUGCCAUCAUUUACAGGUCUAUCAGGGGAGACAAUGCAAUACAAUGUAUUAUAGUCAAAAUAAAGGUGUGAUAAA